AUGAAAGCAGAGGGAUGGCGAUUGAAAGGAUCAAGAGGCUCGCAGGCGACAUUCGCCGAUCGAAUGGCGAGGGGAGGUCGUCGUCUCCGGGGCAGGCGAGGAUUAAGACACGAAGCUUCACUCUCCUUAUCCGGCUGCGAGGUGAGAGUCCGGGCGUCGCAAGCAGAAGUAGCACCGGAGCAGGCGUGGUUUCAGAGAUCGAUCGCGAGAAGGAUUGAUGUCUCCGGGGUUCGACGGGCCGAAGGGGAGAAGGAAAUGAAGGCAGAUCGGUGGUGGGUGGGGGGUUUUUCGACCGGAGGAGGUGUGGGGUGCCAUGGGGAAAAUGAUUCAGCAAUAGUACCACAGAUAGUAAGGCUUGGCAGUGAAGGUCGACGGGAAAGGGGGAUGGACGGGAUAGCCGAUCUUCGGUGCCUCGCUUCCACUGUUUGCUCGAUAAUAACAGAUUUAGGUGGGUGUUUUGUUGGUUGGUAUUGGCAGCAAGAAGAUGAAGAAAGGUGGUCUUUGGUUUGCUUAUUCGACAAAACAAUAGGGAAGGACAAUGGAGGCUUGAAGUCCAUUUGUUUUGACUGA